AAAAACAGGACCAUCACCAUAAAUCCUCUUGCCAGUGCCAGUGCCACUGCCACUGCCCAAGCAUUAAUCCCUCUCGUCUCAUCCCCACUUCCUCCCCAACCCCAAUCACUCUCCCUCCAAUGCGGCGAGCUGCCGAACCUCGCGAGCACUGAAGCCAUGGCAGCCGCUGCCUCAAGCCCCGGACGCGCCGCCCUCCCCGCUGCGGUCUUCGCGUUCCUCCUGCUCCUCCUCGCCGCCGCACCCCCCGCCGUAGGCGGUGGCGGCGGGUCCGCGGCCGUGAAUGGCGACCGCCUCCGCGCGGAGCAGAUCCGGAAGCAGGCCUCGGACGCGGCCGCCUCCGCCGCCGCGCUCGCCGCGGCCUCCCGCCGCCUCCACCUCGACCGCGCGCGCCACCUCCGCCUCCUCUCCUCCCUCCACCGCAACCUCACCGCCACGCUCCGGGACCUAGGCGCCGCCGCCUCCGCGUCCGAGCCGGCGUCCCAGAGCGACCAGGCGCGCCGGCUCGAGCUCCAGGCGAAGGACCUGAUCCGCGCCGCCCGCGCCGCCAUCGCCGACGCCAAGCCGCUCUUCGACCCGCAGCUCAAAAUCCAGCGCCUCAAGGACGCAAUCUUCGCGCAGAACGAGCUGCUCGCGCGCGCCAAGAAGCGCGGCGCCUUCGCCUCGCUCAUCGCCGCCAAAUCCAUACCCAAGCCGCUCCACUGCCUCGCUGUCCGCCUCACCGCCGAGCGGAUCGCGCUGCCUGACAAGUUCGCGGACCCGGUACCGCCGCCUGCGGCGCUGGAGGACCCCGUGCUGUUCCACUACGCCAUCUUCUCGGACAACGUGCUCGCCGCCUCUGUCGUCGUCCGCUCCUGCGUAGCCAACUCGUUGGACCCCUCAAAGCACGUCUUCCAUGUGGUGACCGACCGAAUGAACCUCGGGGCGAUGCAGGUGAUAAUCCGCCUAAUGGACUUACAAGGUGCACACUAUGAGGUCAAAGCAUAUGAAGAUUACAAAUUUCUUAACUCCUCCUAUGUUCCUGUGCUCCGGCAACUGGAGUCAGCAAACCUCCAAAAAUUCUAUUUCGAGAAUAAGCUUGAGAAUGCCACCAAAGACGCUAGCAAUAUGAAGUUCAGGAAUCCCAAGUAUCUUUCUAUGCUUAAUCACUUGCGAUUCUACUUGCCUGAGAUGUACCCCAAGCUGCAAAAGAUUCUUUUCUUGGAUGAUGAUGUCGUGGUACAGCGGGAUCUUACAGGAUUGUGGAAGAUUGACAUGGAUGGGAAGGUGAAUGGAGCAGUAGAAACAUGCUUUGGGUCAUUUCAUCGUUAUUGGCAGUAUAUGAACUUCUCGCACCCCCUUAUCAAAGCAAAGUUCAAUCCUAAUGCAUGUGGCUGGGCUUAUGGCAUGAACUUCUUUGAUCUUAAUUCUUGGAGGAGGGAGAAAUCUACCGAGCAGUACCAUUACUGGCAGACUCAGAAUGAGAACCGGUUAUUAUGGAAGUUGGGAACAUUGCCCCCAGGUUUAAUCACAUUCUACUCGACGACAAAGCCUCUUGACAAAUCUUGGCAUGUCCUUGGGCUCGGGUAUAAUCCAAGCAUCAGCAUGGAGGAGAUUAGAAACGCUGCUGUUGUGCAUUUCAAUGGUAACAUGAAGCCUUGGCUGGAUAUUGGUAUGAAUCAGUUCAGGCAGCUUUGGACGAAAUAUGUGGAUUACGACGACUCGUUCAUUCGUCAGUGCAAUUUUGCACCACCAUAGAAGAAGGAAGCCUUGACAUUAUUCUGCAGAAAUGGAAGAGGUUUGGAGAUUGGAACUGGGGAACAUUUUAGCUGGAACAGCGCCAAACAUUUUUUACUGUCGGAUGCCCGCCGUCCUGAAACCGGUUUUCAUUUCUAAUUCGGAAACAAUCACUUGUGAUUCUACUUGCCUGAGAUUAGUCUUGUGAAUGUGUAAAAUUGUGAUACGAAUUCUAUGUCUCAUGCUAUACUUAGUACUGAGUGCUGUAGAGCUUUGUGUUGGUACUGGCACGUAUGAGUAUACAAGUACUCUUAUUUGUUGGCCUCUAUAUAUAUACCAUGUAGUCCCACCGUCUAGUUCUUGUAAACUUGCUGCCGUGUUAUAUAAGGUACUAGUACUGUAUAAUAGUUCGGUUAAAUUGACUUUUUCUAUGUAAAUUCCUCUAUUAUAGUGAAGUUACGCUUUCGCAA